AUACGAUAUAUAUAUAUAUAAUGAAUUCAUGUACGCUGAUUUAUUUUUCUUUUACUGCAAAUCCUGUAAAUUGAUAAAUAAAACUAAUGUUUGUAUAUGAAAGCCUUUUCAAAAAAACAAAACAAAUGUUUGUAUAUACUACAAAGUUAUAUACAGUUGACCAUACAUAGUUAACAACAAUGCAUACAGCAGAUAACCUAUAGACAUUGGCCGAGAGGCUCGUGGGUUUCUUGCGUUUGCAUGUGGACGCUCUAUAUAGGUUCGACAUAUAUGUUUUGGUAAAAAAAAUUAACAUAGGCAUCUUAAGUAAAAUCAGGACCAGGUCCGUUUAAUAGCACGUCUAUACGUGCUAGUGGAGCAGUUAAAUAGAACUCAAAUCUAAAAAUUAAAUUUUUUUAAAUAUUUUUUAAAAAUAAAUACAUAAAUUUGAUUUAAAAUUUCUAAAAAUUUAACGGAUUUUUAAAUUUAUAGUUUAUAAUUAGAAGAGAAAUCUCAAAUAUAUAUAAAGAAAACUAAUAAAUUUUAAAAUUAUUUCAUUAUAUUUUUAAAUAUAUAGUUAAUUUUUUUUUUGAAUAGUCUUAAUAUAAUUUGAGAGGGUCCUGAGUAUAAUGGCUGAAGCUUAUAAUUUAAGAGACAAAGUAUAGACACAAUACAGGUCCUAAAGCUUAUAUGGUUGUGCACAAAAAAAGCUUAUAUGAUUACAAACAGCUACGAUUUAGAAAAUAAAUAGUUUAUAGAUUUGGAUGGUUUUGGUGAUCGGAAUAUAUAUACUAAUUAUAAAAUUUAUGUUUUUUUGGUAAAUUGUCAAAUAGAAUUGUGGGAGAGGUGCACGUGGAGAGUUGAUGGCGCACGUGCGGAGAACCGGGAGAGGAGGUAAUCGGUGCCUUCUCUCUGUUUCUCAUCGAUGCCAGCUUGGACGAGAGUGAGGGGGAGUGGGUGGGCCGGUGGGGGAGAAGUUUUAUCCUAAAAUUUCUUAUUAGUAAAAUAUUGAAAAUAGAGUAAAAGAGACUUCUCAUUUCAAAAAUUUGGAGAAACUUAUUAAAAACUCUCGACACAAAUUGUUUUUAAAAGUGAUCCAAUUUAUUUUACAAAUAAAAAUUAAUUAUAUCACUAAUCACAUUUACAUAUCAAUACUUGAAUAUUGUUUAAAACCUUUAUAGGUCUCUUACAAUUUAAAAUUCUCCUAGCUGGGCUAUUAUGUGUGGAUCAAAAAGAUUUAUCGAGUUAUAACAGUUAACUCAUACUCAUACUCAUACUUAAAAUAUAACUAAGCAUAUAUAUCAUGUUUGUCAUGUGAAACCUGUUAACAUUUGUUUAUUCAGGAGGGUCAGAUCGUAUUAUAUUUGUUUAGUAUUACAAAAAUUAACAACAAUAAGAAAAGAGAGGAACGACAAUGAUGCACUUGCAUCCCUCGUAGAAAUAGGUGGGAAUGGGCUGGCAUGUCACAUAAGCCAAAAAUCGACAAAAUAGUUUAUUUCCCUUUGUGUGUUACAAAAAAAAAAGUUUUUUUCCCUUUGUUAUUGUGCAGGUGUAUAAAAGAAAAGACCCGGCUUGACGUCUUAACAUGUACCUUGUUCAUUCAAAUACUUUUUCCAUAUAAAAAUUAUGGUCUGUGUUUUUGUCAUUGUUUUUUAAUAUAAAUUCUACGAUAUAUACUAUAUAGUAGUAUUUGAGAAAACGGCUGUGAAAGGGCGAACAGUUUAGAGUUGGUAGUUAUUUUCAUUCAAUUUACAAACUACUGUAAUUGGUCUUGCUGAAUGAGAUCGACCUUGAUUCGUUUCUUGUCGACUAUUCUGAUGAAAUUAAGAUGAAGCUUGUUUCCACUUGUGAUGAAGGAUUCAAACCAACUCAUCCACAUUUUUAAAAAAAUUGUAAUCGUCACGAGACCCUUAUAUGUAUGUAAGAUAAUAAGAUUUUUAAGGUUUGGGUUUGUCGAGUAAAUUAAAUCAUCUGCUUUGGUCAUAUUAACUGUGUAUAAUCAUCAAUGUUUUGAUAUCUUAGACACAUUACUUAGUCGUCGGUUGAGUUGUUUUACGGGGCUCAUGCGAGCUUGUUUUGUACGUAAUGCAAUUGUGGUGAGGCCUUAUGGGGAUGUGGCAGAGCUGGAGAUCGGUGGUCGUCAGAGAGGAGUCUCGAUUGCUCCAAGGAGGGCACUGUAAAUGAGAGUCAUGCCUAGCCACGGGAUGUAAAAGAUAUAUUUCUAGUCUCGAAUAUAUUAUAUUUGCAUGCUCUUGAUUACAUUUAUCAUAUUGAUUGCCGUUGUCAAAAAAAAAAAUAUAUCAUGUUGAUUGCCGAUAGAGGAUAUUGUUGUCCAUGCAGCAUCCUCUUAGUUACAGUUAUCAUGUUUACUACUUUGACAAUAUUAAUGAGGAAAAUAUCAGUUUGAACCAAAAACACACACAUGUUUUGAACAGGAAGAUGUAGUAAGACUUAUUUGGUUUGUUAUAAACAUUUACAUUACAAUCUUAUUUGGUUAAUAUAAUUAGUUGAAAUCUCAUGUAAAUUACAUGAAACAUAUAGAAUAAAUUGAUUCCAGAGAGAGUUUUUUUUUUAAAUCUAAAAUAACAUCGAAAUUUUGUUUUAUAUACACACAUUAAAAUUACAACUUAUUAACUCACAAGAAAUAUUGUUAAUUGAAAAUAAGUUUGUACAUUUUCAUAGAGAUGAGCCAAUAGCCAUGAUACUUACUUAGUUAUAUUAUUAUUUUGGCAAGUUUAUGUAAUGUUUUAAAAAUGAAUAAAAUUGAUAUGCUACUAAUUUUAUUGCUAUGAUUUUCCUUUAGUCAUAUAUAAUUAAAUUAUAUUUACCAAAUUUAAAUAGUUAUUAUUCUAAACUUUGGUAAGAAAAUAAAAGUGUAUAUUAAAAAAAAAAGCCAAAAUUGUAUAUGUAUCAUGAGGUCAAAGAGACAUCAUAACCAAUCCUGACCGUCCAUUAACAGGAAGGUGUAUGUAUCGUCGCCGUGUGAUAUAGACGUCACGUCAUUAAGAUAAACCGGAACACAGGCGAUUACUCCACCUUCUCUUCCUCUCUGAUUAAAAUACAGAGCCUCCAAAUAUAGCUCUUCAUUCCAAUCGCAACACCUCAUCUUCAGUUAUUGGUUGAUUCAUAUGAAUUCUUGUCAGCCUUGUUCGAGUGUAAGUUUCUGUGGAAUGGCUUCAGUUUUAGUUUAUAUUCAGAGUUCUCUUCGGGUUCCCCUUGAAGAUCUAUCUGUGUUUAACUGUGCUACAAUAUGGAUGGACUGAUGUAAGUUCCGGCUGGUUACUGCGUGAACUUUGAGGAUCCUCCACAUUUAUGCUUUAGCUCUUUGGAUAGAAGUUUAUUUCAGGUCAUCUACAUGUUUCUCCGAUGUUUCUCCAACUUGUUCCUAUCCUUUUGGGAGAUCGAUGUGCUCUGCUCUUUGGACUGCUCGAGGCCAUUUUCUUUCUUACAUCUUGGCUUUUGGCUGAUCUUAGAAUUUGUUGUCAUCCUUUCUUUGUAGUUGUCUAGUAGUUAUCUUUUAUGGCUCUGGAAAGAUUUCGAUCUUUGCCGGCUUCUGGCUCUGGAAGGAAAGUGUUCCUUGCCGGCUUAUGUGUAUUCGACUGCAUUCCACCCGUUUUAAUAUUAAUCCAACAGAUGACAAAAAAAAAAAAAAAAAAGAAAGGCAACCGCUUUGGGUUUUCUCGAAUGUUAUUUUCAAUCUGGGGUUUUGAGAAUUGGUGGGUUUUCGUGAUUAGGUUUCAACAAAUUUUGGCUUCGAGAUCCACCGUUGUUUUCAACAAAUAACUUUCGUCGAUACGAACAAGACAAGAGACAAUCAUCUUCAUUUCAUGCUGUCACUGUUCUUGCUUGUCUGUGUAAUCAUCGUUUGUUUUUUUAGCGUGGGAGAAUAAAAAGGAAUCGUUUUUUCGUUUGUUUUAUUGAUGGAAGAAGUGAACCUGGAUUUGAAUUUUGGAGGUCCUGAUCUUGAGACUGAGGUAAGUCUCGAGCCUAAUGUUGCUGAGGUUCUCUCUGAUGUGGCUAACGAACCAUUUAACAGAGACUCUGAGUCUCUGAGAAGGUUUAGGACACGGCUCAGGUCAAGUUUCAGACGGAAUAACAGUCUCCCAGCGAGUCACUUAAUAAUCAGUUCUGCAAACGGAGCUGACUUGACAGCUAGUGGAGAAAGAGAGAGCGAGGAGGACUCGAACAAGUGUGAGAAUGGGAGGAGCAAAGUGAUGGAAGAAGAAGACAGUGUAAGAGAGGAGAAGAGUGUUGGAAGUAAAGAGAGCUUUUACGAUUGUUAUAUAUGUAUGGACCUGUCCAAGGAACCAGUUGUGACUAACUGUGGCCAUCUUUACUGUUGGCCUUGUCUUUACCGCUGGCUAGAGGUUUCAGUGGCGAAGGAGUGUCCGGUUUGCAAAGGGGAAAUAUCUGUGAAAACCUUGACUCCAAUCUAUGGCCGUGGAGGAAAAAUCAAAGGAGGAUCUGAAGAGGUUUCAGUUUCAGACACCACCAACAAGAAGAAGAAGAUCCCUUCAAGACCACAAGCAAGGCGGGUUGAGAGAGUGAGGAGGAGUACACUUCAGAGGCCAGGUUAUGUAGGGUCGGAGAUUAUUAACCGGUUUAUGCCUUGGAGGAGAGUUAGAGCAGAGUCCAGUGCAGCGGUGGUUGCACCGGUGUAUGAAGAAGGAAGUGAAACCAUGAGGUCCUCGCGUGCUAUGUCAAUCUGGAGAGAGAUGCUGAGAGGGAGAACUGCGAGGAACCAAGAGCGAAACAACGUUGCUAGUGUUGAAGACAGAGAUUCGGUGAGUCAAGCUGAUACUGCGGCUGAGAUUGAUUCUAUGGUGACUGUUUCUUCUUCUGUGGGAAGACCACAUGAGAACGGUUCAAGGGUCUCUGAUGUUGACAGUGCAGAUUAUCAUCCAUUGAGGAGGAGAUUGGCUUAGGGUAGUUGAAAGCUGCAAUCUAAUUAUUUUGGUUUUAGUCUUUUUUUUUUUUUUUUUUUGGAUUUUGAAUGUUGGUAUUUCUUCUAGUUUAUGCUUAGAGAUGAUUUUGAGUCAAAUAUUAAUAACAUAUUCAGCUUCUAAUUAGAGUA